CACUAUCAUUGAUUUAGAUCGUACUUAUUGGCUUCUUGCAAAUAUGAAGUGAUAAGCACCGUGUACACACACAUACACACACAUACACACACACACAUACACACACAUAUGUACAUUAUCGCAAUUCGAAAGUUACUAAAGGUACAAAAAGAUAUAGAAAAGCUCGGUUCAUCGUACUCCGCCUUGCGGAAAUAUGAGUUUAGCGUGUAUUAAAGAUUUAUCAGUUCACGCUUCGCGUAAUGCAAUUUCAAGAAAUGGAAAGUUAUGUAUAAGGAAAAAGUGCAUUGCUGCGCCAAUGGGGAAUCGACCUCGACUAGUAAAUAUUACCACAGAGACGCUAUUUUGUUCUCGAUUUCAUUUGCUAUAAAACGACAUCGAACCUAAGCGCGCAAACUUAAGACCUACCGCUUCGGAAGCACGCUAAUGUCUUGAAGUAAAUCUGGAUAUCGUGCAUAGCUGCGCACCGAUGGAGCGUGCGCGGCUUCACGCGCCUGAAACCGAGUGAGUGCCAACGUGUCGCGCCGUCGCACCGCGGCAGGAAGUCCUCCUCCUUCGCGCGAUAAGGACGGAGUGACCGUGCCGAGAAUGACUGGAGGCAGUUCUCGGCGAGAACGGAGAUGUCACGGCGGCGAGAGAGACGGGAGAUCACCACCGCCACCGUCGUCACCGCCGCCGCCGCCGCCGCCGCCGUUGCCGCCGCCGCCGCUGCCGUUGCUGCCCGGCGAGAAGGGAGCGAUGGGAGGCACGGGGACGUCAUCCUCAGGUUGGAGGCGGCCGGCAUUUAAGUUUAGACUUCAGUCGGCACCCGCGACUCACGCAGCACGUUACCGUCGAAUCGGCCCGCGCGUUGUUCGAUCAAUCGUCAGGAUCGAUCGAUCGAACGAUCGAUCGCGGUCGCUACGAAUUCGCCAGAGAAGUCGGGAAAACAGCUGAUGAUCGAUCGGCGAGCGCGCGCGCUCGCUCGCUCGCGCACACGUGCGUGCUGCACGAUGAUGACGAAUAAUCACGAUGGUAUACACGGUUUACAUUGUCAAUUGCGUCUACGGUAGAGUCACGAGUGGCGCGAGUGUACGAACGGUGGAGUAGUGCCGGUUCUUCGCUGUCAAAGGGAGCUCUUCCUCGCUACGCGGUCUCUCCGGCCAAUUCAAAAUUGUCGUUCGUGUGGAACUGGCAUUCGGGGAGGUAUUAGCGCGCGACUGGGCGUUAUAGAAUACACGUAGCUGGUAAAAUGUACAGUUAAAACGACGACUCGUUCCCUCGUCGGACGACGAGCGUCAGCGUCGCAGGAUGUCCUUUCGAAGAUCAGCCCCGAGGAAUGAGGUGGACGAGCAACGGCGCAACCCUCGCGACGAUCGCUCGAGCGGGCUCGCCACCCCGCCGCGAACGCGUUUCGAAAGUCCGGAUUUUUCCUAGCGCGGCGGCCUCGCAGUCGGCCCUCGCCGUGCGCUCCCUUCUCCAUCGCCGUCGCGGUACCACGCUGUCGGACCUCCUCUCUCUUUGCCGCGCGUUUCGCAUUCCCGCCGCCGCCGCUGUUUCCCCGCGCGGCGCCUUCGUCCACAUUCACGCUCGGUGCGAGCCGUGCGCGACGGCGACGUCGUCGGUGCUGUCGGUCAUCGCGAGAGCCACCAUCCGGGGACGAGGACGACGACGAGGACGACAGCGACGACGACGACGGCGACGACGACGAUAGCAAGGAUAACAACGGCGACAACGUCUGCGCCACGUCUAGUUCGCGACAUCGAUGUUCGCGGUACACAGCGACGACGAGGUGCUGGAUAUAGCGCGCGGUCGGUCGAUUUUUCCCCAGUGAUAGGAAGCCGAAGUCUCGGAGAUCUCUCAGUUGCGCACUCUGAUCGCCGGCUUUUCGGCGAAGAUGGGUGUCCUCCUGCUGCCGGACGGUACGCCGCAGUCGCGCAUCAGCCUGAGCGCGGGCAUCGACGUCGGCGUUGUCGGCGAGGCGAACAACAACGUGAGCGACCUGACGGACGCGAAUAGCCCACCGCCGUCGCGACCACCGCCGCCGACGCCGACACGGGUCGUCGGUAUAAUCAACAUCGUCAACGACCAAGAACCGCCACCGCCACCGCCGCCGCCACCGUCGCCGCGACGCAGCAGCGAUUGGAUGCCGCCCCCGCCGAAGAAAAAGUGGAUACGGCAUUAUCUGCUCGAAGAAGAUCCAUUGGAGAUCAGUCAAGCGAUCGCUUCCAGGGGGACUGCUGUGAUUUCCUCGCGAGUCAUACCAGCUUCUACCGGCACGAACUCCUUGUCUGCUCUUCAUUCAACGUCUCAUCACUACCUCCAACAUCAACAACAUUCGCAGCAGCAGCAGCAGCAACAACAACAACAACAACACCAGCAGCAGCAGCAGCAGCAACAGCAACAACAUCACCACCACCACCACCAGAGCGAUCAUCACGGCACACACAAUCAGUACAUGGAAAAUCAUAAUCCGAAUCAGUCGCAACAAAACGCGGGUAACCUCGUCGUCGACGUAGAAACCAGCCACGACAAUAAAAAACAUCGGACCGGACCCUGCGUAAUCCGAUCCGGCACGAGGGAAGUACACAACAAACUGGAAAAGAAUCGUAGAGCACACCUCAAAGAAUGCUUCGAGCUCUUGAAAAAGAUGCUACCGCAGCAAGAUGAGAAGAAGUCUUCGAAUCUCUCCAUCCUUCAUGCGGCGAACCAAUAUAUACAGGCACUGACGAAAAAGGAUCUAGAUUAUCAACGAGAGUUGCAGAGGCUUGCGGAAGAGAAAAUCGCCGCGGAUCAGAGAUUGGACUUGUUAAAGCAGGAGGUCGUUGCGACUUGGGAAAACGUUGAUUUCGCUCAAAUCGAAACUCUUCUCGCGAGAACCACUCCAGGAACAGACAUCAUGGUCGUUAGAAAUAUUUCAGAAACAUCAGCGGAUGUCGAAAUUACUGGACUGCCUCAGGGUGGCACGAGGUAUAGCAGCACAAGCAGCCUGAACAGCAUUACAGCUAGUCCUCCACAAGCGCUGCACUCCCCCAGCGCAACUUCCAACAUCCACAAUCAAGCUGCGACCGCGAGCAUCGUUUGUCAAACGCAAGAUUUGAAUCUUGCACGAGGCUCCAGGGAAAGUCCACCAGUCAGUUCGACCCCCGUAUCAUCCACGCCCAGUAUUCCCACCCCGACGCAGGAGAAAGUCGCGACGUCGCCAACCGCUAAUAUAGUACAACAAUCACAUCAGUUGCAUCUGCCAAUCAGCGCACAGAUGCUAAAUACAAACCAAAGCCUUGCAACAAUCGUGCCGACGCUGCAACACAUCGGGCCGGGUCUUAGAGUGAUACCUGGUGAUACGAGGCAACUCCUCGUCACUCAUACCGGUAACAACGAAUCUAGGCCGUUGACGUUGGCAGUGCAAAACUCGUCAGAUCAAUCCAGGCCGUUGAUUGCUGUACAAUCCAACGCUGGGAGCGAACCGAGACCAGUGGCGCUAGUCGUUCACUCCUCCACCGCUAGCGACAACCGAGUGACAUUUGUACAUUCUAACAACGACCGGCCACUGGCCUUGGCUGUACAGUCAUCUGCCAGUGAUGUUCGACCUGUCACUUUUGUGCACUCAGGAAACGAAGCGCGACCGCUGGUUCUAACUGCUCAUUCCCCCGCGCUGAAUGUAUCGAGUGAGUGCAUGUUUUUGUAUAAUAGAUCGCAUUCAAUAGGCAACUUCAACUUCAAUAGACAACUUCAAGAUAGACAACUGGAUCUUAUAAGAAAUGAGAAAUAUGCCCAAACGAGAAUCAGGGCCGGUGACGCACAGACCACGCAUAAGAUGGUUGGUGGCGUGACGCUGGUCGGAGGUAACGGUUCCGAACUGGCAAGACUUCCUGGUGGUGCGGAGUUGAAUAUACUCCCGGCAAAUGGACUGACGUUAAGUCACGCAGGUGUGUCGCUGCAAACCGCAGCAGCAAAACCAGGAUCAACAGUGAUGCAAAACGUUCCAUCUACCGAGAGUAUAGCGCACAUUGUCGGUCAACAUACGCCACUUUCUGGUUUGACGCCAAUUGUCACGCCAAUGACGGUUGUUUCCCAAGGUAAUCAGGUGACCGCUCACAUCCUAGCACCAUCCAGUCUCGCGGGAAAAAUGAUCACCACGCCGCUCCUCAAGACUGUGGGUCAGAUGCCGCUGGUGAAUGCUCAGUACCUUAACACCACCACAUUAGUCAAACCAGUUGUUGUGGUGAGUUCGCCUUCAACGUCCACUCCGCCAGUCUCCACCACUGCUUCCUCCAGUACGCAACCCCCUUCGACCUCGCACUCGACUGUCUGACAGAAUCACGGGAAAGCGAAAUUAACCUGAUCGCGCUGGAAUAUCAAAAUGUGGUUUGCUGCAGUUGCUCGUAGUAUCUCUAUGUUCAACCGAAGUAAAUCUACGUUCUGUCGUUUUUUCAUUAAUUAGACGAGUUGCUUAGUGGGAGUGGAUUAGUGACGAAUUAGCGAGGCAAACUUACGAUAGGUAAUCAAAAUUGCGCCUUACACGCAACAAAGAACCUUACGCGAUGAAACCUUUGUCCAUCGUGCUAUUUCUAACAUUGUUGGGAUUUUACAUUUUGAAACUUCCAUUUGUGUCCCGCGAGGACCGAAUUCGAAGUUUAAGCUCUUUUGGAGAGUGAAUUUGACUGAGAAUAUAUAUGAGAAAGACCUUGCUCAACUUGUACGACCGUACAAUGGUAUUGUCUGAUUUUAUUAGAAGAAAAGAUGCUAAUUACGGAAAUUAAAUGUAAAAUUUUAACAGCUAAUUUAUGAAGGCAGCCCGAAGGUGUCGCAAAAGAGAAAGUUCAUGUAGCAGUGCGUAAUGAGAAAUCGAUGCUUUUAACACGUUACAAUAGCACGUUUGACGAAGCCAGAACUUUAACUUGUACAAUAAAGUUUGUCCGAUGAUUAUGAAAAUUAAGUAUUGCAGCUAUGCGCAAUAAUAAUUAUAUUUCGGUAUGGUAAAUCAUUUUUUUCUGAUAAUGUAUGCUAUUCUAUCAUUUUGUUAUAUUCAUCAUUGCGAGCUUUAUUCUCCGUAAAGUACUCUGACAAAUAUCUUUUAGUGAGUGUUUGAUGUUCUUUCGAGAACGGUACGCACUUUUCCUUACAGACAAAAAGAGAGAGAGAUCGCUUUAAUGAGAUAGAUUGAAUAGAUAUUCCUUUUCGUAUAACUUUUAAAUUUCUUGACUAUUAUAUGAGAUUGAUAUACGGACGGUUUGUAAUUUCGUGGCAAUCGGAUAAAUAUCUGAAAUUAUCAUAACGACGUUUAGACUGAAAUUGAAAGACGAACGAUGGAAACUGAUAAUAUAGUGGCUGUGGAGAGAACAGAUAUUGAAUUCUAUAUUUAGAAGUCUAUUUACUUUUGACAAUUCAGUCGCAAAAAUGAGGAAAGAAUACAUUAGUAGUAAUAUUGGGAAUUACAUUAAAGGAAAAAAAAAAAAGAAAAAGGAAAAAGAACGCAGUGACAGGGGACAGUAUAUAAGUUACAUUUGUAAUGAUACGUUUAAGUAUUUAUUCGUCUGUGUAUUUAUUAUAUGUUACGUAUAUAUAUAAAUUGCUAUUUCAUUUUCGGUUUUUGAGCUAGAAUCGUAAUAUUGCAUUCCCAGGAAACACAAAGUAUCAUCAAUGUUACAAUGUCAGCUGAAUCAUAUGGUAUAUUACGUAACUGUUACUUUUUUAUAUAAUUAAUUACAUAUUUUAGUUAAUUAUUAUAUUUAAUUACUAUAUUCUAGUUAAUUAUAUAUUUUAUAAAAAAUAUGUAAUUAUAUGAUACAUAUGUAAUGAUAUGAUACAUAUGUAAUGAUAUAAUAUACCAUAUGAUUUGUUAUAUAACAAUUGUAACAGUUACAUAAUAUACCAUAUGAUUGAGCUGACAUUGUAACAGUCGAUGAUACUUUGUGUUUCCUGGGUUAAUUUCGUAAUGCAGAUCUUGUUAUAUGGAAAGUGAUUUUAGAGCGCAUAUUUUAAAUCGCAGAUUUUAUAAUCGUAAAAAAAUGCGCGUAUAACGUUCCAUCGCUUUUUUCUCCUGUAUAACGGCCGUUGCGAGGCUAAAGUACAGAGGAAAACGAAAAUGCUCACGCAGAUGUCUCUGAGGAAAGCUGGAACGAAUGUGCGCGCGUAAAAUACCGCCGUAUUACUUUUCAUUGUUCUUCUGUAUGUACGUAAAAUCUUCGUUCGCUCUUGUAAGAUCGUAUUCUACGCUUCCGUUUGGUAUUCUCGACGUGGGAUCGUCAAUGGAAUAAUUGGCAAGAUAAAGGACAAGUUCAAUCACGCAAAACUGACGCUCGUUCAAGCGAUAUUUAAGUGCGUGUUGUUAUUUUGCAUCGAUGAAAUAUAUGUGAUACGGCACGUGUAGCGCGCAUUGACCAUCGACUAUUGACGAUUCGACUCUCUCGAAUAUCAGCUCUCAUUUGUAUAUUAGUGUUAUUAUUUCUUAUACCUGCGUAUGACUGUAUAUCUUGUUUUAUAUUCUUUAAAUUAUUUAAUCGAAUAGUACGGUCAGUCAAUCGACAUUCAAGUCUAAUUGCGUGCUUUUGUGGGGUAAAGGGCACAAAUGUAAAUGCAUCCUGGUGAUUUAGCACGACGCUAUCUAAUGAAAUAGUUUCGCUGGGAAAGAAAUACUGCAAUAACGAGAAUUCUUAAUUCGUGCUGUAAAUUAGUAUAACUUGCACUGUACAAAUUACUUUCGGAUUUUAAAUUGCGCUUAUUACACGUUGUUUUGUUCAAAUCGAUAUCUUUACAGUUUAGCUAGGAAGGGAGACGCAUAGAGAUGAAUGCAAUUACGGUGUACACACAAUUCGUCACCAGUUUUUAUAUCGCUGCGAUUCACGCUUCUUAGAGACCAAACGGAUACGCGAGAAAAUUCGAUUUGACAAAAAGAAAAUAACUCGGUUCGAGUCCAUUUUGUGAAGUACUAGUCAAUAAAGUUACAUUGAAUUGUUUUUGGCGUAAACGCUUGAACUCAACGAAACUUCAAGUUGUGCAAUGGAAAUAAUGUUUGUACCGCAUGUUGGUGGCAUACAGAAAAAGUAAAAGAACAAAAAAAGAAAGGAAAAAGUCAUACAGCCGUGAGCGAUGCUAAAAUGCAAAAGUGAAGGGAAAAAGCGAUCGAGCACGAAUUGUCACGGGAUCGCGAUCGCGUCUGCUAUCCUAUGGACUAACGAAGCGACGUUAAUAGCCUCAUGUAAAUAAUAAUUCAUUGAUGCAGAAGGAAGCAUCGGACGAGAGGGCCGAAAUAGUUUCGCCGUGUGGAUGGAGACUAAAAGUAGUACAGCAUUAAACAUUAAGCGGGAUGAAUAAUGUGUACAUGAACAAUGUGAUAUAAGUAAUAAAUAAAAGAUUAAUUAAUUAUAGCACCGUAGCGCUUAAGGAAAAGAAAGAAAUCAACUGUUAAACCGUUUACGGCGUAGAUAGAAGCUGGUAAAUAUCAUUUACUAAUAUCCUAAAGGACAUCAAGAAAUUUAAUUGUACAUAGCGAAUAUGAGAGAGAGAGGGGAGGAGAGAAAGAGAAAAAGAGAGAGAGAGAAUAAGGAUGAAGGCGAAGAUGCGGGGUGAGAGAGAGGGAGAGAGCGAAAGAGAGAUAAAAGGAGAGAUAAAUGAGAUAUAUAAAUAUAUUAAGUACGCGAAAGAGGGAGAAAGAAAGAUGUGUGUGUGUGUGUGCGUGGUAUGAAUGCGUGUAUAAAUGAGCGAGCAAGCGAGCGAGUGAGUGAGUGAAAGAGAGACGAGAUGCGAAAGACGACAAAUUUACCACGAUGCCGACAUUAUACAUGUCCCCCAGAUGUAUAAUAAAACCUGCAGACUGUACACGAGUGAAUGAUUAAUGGAAUAAGUGCGUGCAAGAGCGUGUUGUUGUUGUUGUAAUCUAUGUCAAAUUUUGUUAUACGCCUUGGUACGCAAGACGGUUAUGUCCUAUGGCACACUCCGAUCAGUUUGUUGAGUAUGAAAAUGGGUUAGGCGACAGUUUCCCCAAAAGUGAAGGGGAUAAUGUUGGUACCAAGGAAAAUCUCUACACGAUAUAAUUUAAAGAUUUGUUCUUUGUAACUGCACUGCUGAACUGGUGCAAUAAAUUGAAACGAGACAAGUAUACGUUUUCUCACUCUAACCUUUUGCGUUCAGCAGUGUGCAGUUACAAACAACUGAUCUUAUUAAAUUAUAUCGUGUAAAGAUUUUCCUUGGUACCAACAUUAUCCCCUCCACUUUUCGGGAAACUGUCGUCUAACCUGAAAAUGCAGCGGGGGCGGGGAAAGGGUGGGGUGGGACGGGAUUCAGAGUUGAUGAUAAUGACAGAGGUAAUAGGAAGAGAAAGGCGGAUGUUGAGAGAGCGCCGUUGAAGAAAUUCGAUUACUUUGCGCGCGCGAAAGUUGUUAAAAAAAAACAAAAGAAAAAAAAGAGUGCGAUGAAACUCAAUACAAUCUAUUACAAUAAAGAUUGAAAUGUGAGUGUGACGGUUGCCCAAAUCCUUCUUGUAAUUGUCUAGUAUCUGCGCCGGCUCCGGACUCUCGACUCGAUAUCCGAGUACAAGCUAGACCGUGCAUCCACAAAAUUCUGCGCCUCGCGUUUCUUUCGGAGUGGACGUUGGCGGAAUACCAACGUGAUUCGUCCGAUCUAACGAUUUGAAAUAUUCUCAACCGCAAUAACUUGGAUAACGCGUUUCUUAUAGUACAAUCAAUUCGACUCUGAUAAAUGGAUGGACAACUUGUUUCCGAAGCGUCUUAAUAUCUGUAAUGCCAAGAAUUUUCAUAUAAUAGUCUAUGUUCUCGAUGAUCCUUUCCCUAAUAUAAAUAGCCGAUUCACUUACUAUUUAUUGCGUUUUCCUGUCUGCUAUGACACUAACUUGGCAAUCGUAUGAGUUGGUAUCGAGUUAUACUCUAUUAGAUUGAAUAUUUUUAUAGUAAAAUCAUUCUUAAUUAGAUAAGUAAAAUAAUAAAGUGUCUAAAUAAUGCGUCUUUUAGUAAUUAAUAAUUAGUAAUUGAUGUCUUAAUAUCCUUAAUACCAUGCUACUUAUAUUUGAGUGACGUGUGGGUUUUCGCGCGGGUACCCUCAAUGUCAUGUGUAGAUGGUUGUUUUACCUAAUUAAGAAUGAUUUUACUAUAAAAAUCUAAUCAAAUGUAAUUCAAUAUCAACUCGGUUGCCAAGUGUGUUAAGUUUAGUAGUAAGUGUGUUAGUUAUAGUACACGGAAAAACGCAAUAAGCAGUAAACGAAUCAGAUAAUUAUAUCGGAGAGAGGAUCAUCGAAAACAUAAGAUUAUCAUAUGAAAAUUCUCGGUUGUGAUUGACCGAUUUGCUUACAUUUUUUUAUGUACUAUGAUCUUUAUGUGAUUUGACUUUGCGUAUGAUCGCACAGUCUUAGAAUAGAUAGGUUCGAGGAAGAGCUGAUCUAUGAGAUCCAACGUGGUAGUCAAAGUAUGGAAAACUGGCAUGAUGUGAAGAUGUCGAGACUUGCAACGCGUCAAUCACUUAAAAAUGUGGAUUCAAGACGAUACGGAAACAGAUGCAUUCCGCGGUUUGCGAUGCGUGAUAUAAGACGCUGAGCGAUCGGGCAAAGAGUAAGGAGCUUGGCGGGACCACUGUGCGCUUAUACCAUACAUAUAAGUAGCGAUCAAAAACAGAUUUCGAAAGAAUGAGAGAGAAAGAGAGAUUUGUAAUCAUAGCAAUCUGUACCUUCUCAAGUCGUACGAAAGAAAGAGAGAGAGAAUGAGUGAAAGAGAGAGAGAGAGAGAGAGAGAAGGCAGUCGCGUUAAAACUUGAUGCGGAGAGCAGAUCUUCCAGAACGACUGCGAACGACUGUGUUGUCCGCUCGCCAGCCGAGCAAGCGAAUCGUCCUCGAAGGCAGAUCGGGCCGAGUGCGAGAAUCAAAAUCGGAUCUGCCUUUUUUUAGCGGCUAGUGCUUAGAGAUUAAGCGUGUUUUCAGGUGCGAGGCAGGUGCGAACGCGCGAUCACGGCGGUCCCGUCGAUUCCCCGCGUAACUUGCAGAAGUCCGCAACGAGGAAGUCGUUCCGGCGAACAGUCUACUCGAAACUUUAAAGCACGACCUCUCAGGAUUAGAAAAAAAAUUUGAAAUUCGUUCAUUUUGUUGCAAAAAAAAAAAAAAGAAAAGACGCAAUCGAAUUCAAAUCAUUCUGCGUCCCCGGUUCUCUUACCUUCGUGAUUCCGUUUUACAAUCGGGUAUAUUUUGUUCGAUGGCAUCUCUUUAACGAAAACUGCAUUUUUCAGAAACACUUGAUCAUUUCAAAUUAAGUAAAUCACGGCAACUGAACGUUUUUGUCAAGAGCAUCACCGCGAAUCGCACGGCCUGGUGUCGCGUUCGCGCGCAUUGCAGCUGGAACUGCGAAUUUCUAGAACUAAAUCUACCGUUUAGCUCUUAUCGAAUUCGUAUGUAAGGUCGACUCUUAAGAUCUGUCUCGUCGUUGAGUUGGUGAAGAUCGAUCGGCGCGUUUUUCUCUUGUGGCUGACUUGCACACAAAUAAAUUGAUGAAUAGUUUGGCCGUUGCUUCUGUUGAAACCUCGCAAACCGACGCAGUUUGCGUUCUCCGGGCUUCGUCGGUCGCGUCUAACCACACAAUCGCAGCGGCGACGUUUGAUCCUACACGUAAGGGGGAAGUUGUCGCCGGGAUAUCUUAUGGCGGUAAAUGAAACGGUGAGAAUGCGAGACGAAAACGUGUUAAUUUUGCGAUCCAUUUAUUAAAAAUAUGCACUAAUUCA